AUCGUCUUCUAGAAAGAUUUGUAAUAAGAUUGAUUUUAUCACAUUUAUUCAGAAACUUAUCAUCUAAAACACUUUUUAUUGUUGAAUAGUACUAUAUAACGAUAGAUGUAAGCCUAGCAACUUGUGUGUUGAUUAUCGUGAUAGUAUUUGACGUUAAUUUUAACCGUAUCAUGGCACUUCCAUCGGAGGAAACAGUUCCAAAAGUAUUGAUAAAUAUAAGACAUUUUCCAGACAUUGUUGAUGGCAAAAUAUCUACGGAAAAUUUUUUACAUGCUUCUCGUGAUGUUGUAGUAAUAAUAGAAAAAUUUGGAAAAUUAUUCGCACCAGUUAAACAUGAUAUGGAUGGCAACAUAGAGAAAUUAAACAAUAAAUAUACUCUGGACAAAGAAAAACACAAAACUUUGCAAGAUAUGAUUUUAUUGGAAAUAGAAGAAGGUAAAACUAUAAUUGCUACCGAAUCUUUGAUAUGGUUAAGAAGCUUGUAUAUGAUUCUAUUAUUUUUUGAAAAAAUAAUUGAAGAUCAUAAUGCUGGUAAAGCAACAGAUGAUCUAGUAGCAUUUUUAAAGGAAGCGUAUAAAAUGUCUUUAGAACCAUAUCAUGGUUGGAUGAUACAGCAGCUUUUUGGUUUGCUGUCACGUAUGGUACCUCCUCGUAAACAGCUUUUACAAACAAUUGCAGAUACAAAAGAUUUUCCAGAAGCAAUAAUUUUACGGGAUAUGGAAAUAUUUUCAAAAAAUCUAAGAUUAAAUAUUGAAAAUCUACAAAUAUUUUAUGAAAUACAUGAACUUGAGAAGUAUCUCUAACUAAGACAAUUAUUUAUAUAUAAUCAACAUGAAAAUGUUUCAAGUGUUUAUUUGUCUUGAUCAAAAUUGCCAUAUAUAUUUGAUCACUCAUAUAACUUAAAUUAUUAAUCUAUAUUGUUAAUCUACAAGUAACAUAUCAAUAUGUAUAAAUAUGUAUAAUACACUAGUACUAAUACUUGCAAUAUAAAAUUAUCUUAUAAAAAAUUUUA